GCAUAAAUAUCCCGCUUCGGAUCCCUCUCAGCAUCGGCCCUUCAUCGACUGAAUCCUCGCACUCAGAAAACCGACAAACAAAACAAUGUCCCGCCUCGUCCAAUCUCUCAUCCCCGCCGCAACCAACGCCAUCCGCAGCUUCUCGACCGCUCCGCUCGCCGCAAUGCCGAACCCCGGGAAUGUCAUCGGCGGCCACAAGGCGAACCUGAACAAUCCCAAUACUUCGAAAGAGUCGAAGAAACACUCGAAGGAGGUUCUCGACCGCGAGUUCGAAGGCGGCGAUACCGAGAAAUUUUCCGCUGCCGCUUCGCACGGGGGCGAACCCAACCCUAGGAACGUUGAGGGCGGGCUCAAGGCCACAAUCAGCAAUCCCAAUGUAAAGCCAGAGACGAAGGAGCGUGCUAAGGAGAGGUUGGAGAGUGAGGACUUCUAAGAGCACCAGGAGGUCUCCUAGGAGUGUACGAUUAUAAAACGUACGCGAGAAAGACGGAAAGGGGUGGAAAUGUAUUUUUUUCUUUAUUGUAAUUAGCAGACUCUGUAAUACUUGGGAUUGAGGCCCGUAAUUUUCAACCUAUUUCAUCCGACCGUUCGUAUCAUGACAAGUUUUAUACAGUAAAUCCUAUAUUGUAA